CUCUGCCAUCAAUGUUUGAAAAUGAAGAUAAUUUAUUGUUGUAAGAGAUUUUAAGUUGCAAAACAAAUGAGGAUAUUUAAAACCUAGUUCAUUCUUAAUGUUUAGACAUUAUUGGAAAUUCGUUGCAAGAUCAACUAUCCUUAUCUCAAAAAUAGUUGUUUAGAGUGAUUCGGUUAUUUAAAGAGUACUUAAAUUCAAAACCAAAGUAAUGGUUGGAUUAGAGGAAAAGCAGACAAUAAGCAAUUGCUCAACAUUAAUAAAAUUGCAUCCUUCUGCAAUAUCAAUUAUAGCUGGAAUAAAAUAAAGCUAGUUAGUUGCAUUUAGAAAAUGAAAUGAUGAAGUUGCAAUUAAAAUUGUAUGAAGGGGACCUAGACAUUCUUAAACAGUAAAACUUUGAGGAUUUAAGAAGGGUAGAAAAUCAAUUAGUUAAUACUCUUGGAUAAAUCGCUUCUUACAAAGACUCUCUAAUCCAAAAGAUUUGUGUGAUUUGUAUGUAAAAAGAAUACUCUAUGAUUAUAAAGCCAUGUGGACACAUUUGCGUGUGUGAAGAUUGUUCAAAAUAAAUUGAUCAGUGUCCAAUUGAUAAAGAAAAGAUUACUAAAGUAAAGAAAGUUUACUUAUCAUGA